GAAGCUUUAAGUCAGUAGCUAGCUAGCCAGUGCCAGUAGCUAAAGCAGACCACAGCAGUUGGGAGAUCCAAUCCAGGCCGACAUGCCCCAUCUCACCACUUCCUCUGCAGCCGCCUUCGGCGUCGCCGGCGGCGGCGGCCACCCAGUCUUCCGUCCCCUUCCUCGCCGCACGCAGCUGCGGGCGCGGGCAGCGUGGGCGGCCGGGGGAGGCGUGCGCACGGCGGAGCUGCCGCAGCCGACCUUCUACGAGCUGCUGGGGAUCUCGGCGGAGGGGAGCAGCUUCGAGGACGUGCGCGCGGCGUACCGGCGGAUGGCGCGCAAGUACCACCCGGACGUCUCCCCGCCGGACGCCGCCAAGGAGCACACCCGCCGCUUCAUCCAGGUCCAGGAGGCCUACGAGACGCUCUCCGACCCCAGCCGCCGCAGCAGCUACGACCAGGCGCUCGCCCGCGGCGUCUGCAGGCUCGCCUUCGACCCGGCCUCGCGCCGCCACGCCUCCAAUUCCGCCUUCUACCACCAGGAGAUGGAAGAGAAGUCUGGAUGGAGGACGUCUUGGGAAGGCCAAAUCGCCGAGCUGAAGAAGAGGAGCACAGGGAAGGAUUCUGAGGAGAACCUGUCCUGGGGGGCUCGGAUGCGAAGGAGAAGGGCUGAUCAAAUGUGACAGUGAUCUCCAGGCACAUGAUGCGUACUUGUUGUAUGUAGCAUUUGAAUUGUUUAUAUCUUUGAGUAGCAAAAUUAGAAGCGCUAUGAUUAAUGAUAGUUAGGUUUGGAAUACAACAGCGCUAAAGCUUACCAGUUGUGGUUACAUAUAUAGUUCAAGUAGGUGGCAGGGUUUUUGUAAAACUCAAAUGUGCUGCUCUUCCUUGAAUCUUGCCCCUGGUCCAAUGUAAAUAUAACCAGAUAAAAAUAAUCUAAGCUAGUAGUACUUUGAA